AUGGGAGAAGGCAAAAGCCGAGAUGUGGCAUAUGUAUCAAGACCCCGCCCCACAGACGGUAGUGGUGUCCCAACUUUCAAGGUGCCAAACACAAAGGCGGGCCAAUGGUAUAGAAGUAGGGGCCUAAAACUCCCGCAUCUUCGCGAGAAACUUCGAUUGGUGGAGUUGGAGUUGGCCAAGGCUGAUGCCAUCGCUUCCUUGGAGGUAGCCGCGGCCGAAGAGAUGAAAAUACGUCGAGAGUGGGUGAAUGGCCGAGUUGUGGUAAUGGCCCCAGAAGAGCCAAUCUCGGAGUUAGAGGCCCAUUUGACUGGGGCUUUUGAGGCAAAUAACUCUAAAGUGGAAGUUAGUGAGCCGACCAAGAAGAGAGUGGAUAAACCUCUUAAGGUUCAAAAGGCAAAGGCGGCUCCAUCGAAAGUCAAGCCUCCGGUUGCCAAGGCCCCGAUCGUGACCAAAGUCGCUCAGCCUACCAAGGUUGAGAAGAAAGAAGAAAAUGACCAAAACAUGGUUCAAAAAGCUGGGGAUGAGCCCUAUAAAAUAUUAAGCGAGCCUAGGGCGGAAGAAGACCAAGUUAUGGUUGACAUUGAAACUAAUGUGGUAGAAGAAGAGGUCGAGCACACGGUUGAGGAAGAGGCUAAAGAGCCAUUGGAAAAUCUCGAAGGUUCGGCAGCCGAAGACGAAGAGCUAUAUGGGGAUGAUGAGGAGUAUGCGGACGACGAAUACUUAGAGGAUCUGUCGGAGGAAGCUAUGGAACACUUAGAGAAAGAACGGAAUGAAAAGAUGGCCAAGUUUGAGAAUGAGCUAAAAGUGGGCAAGGUCAAAGUAAAGUUUGGAGAUUUUGACGAGGUAAAUGCCAUGGUUACACUCCCAAUAUUUUUCGAAGCUCGGCCGGAUCAACCUAAUUUUAUGGACGGAGAUGUGUUCGAUGAGGUUAAGUCCAUGGUCCAAAUGGAAAGGGCCAAAGAAAUUGAGAUGGCCUAA